AUGAUGAGACCUUAUCAUUUUAUUUUGCAGAAUACAUUUAGUUUUGAAGCUGAUAGUAAUCAGAAUAUUUCAUUAUCAUUUAUUGGAUCGAAUCGAACUAGAGGAAGCUCAGUUACCGGAAUUUUAGCUGACCAUCACCAUGAUUUGGCUGGUGCACCAGCAUCAAUAAUUUUGGUCUAUGAUGUGUCUGUUCUAAUGUCUGUAAGCAAGGAAUUAGCGCGCAAAUAUGUAUUAUUUGGAAACAAUAUUCUUUCAGUUUGUAUACACAAUCGUAGAGCAGCGAACAGCUGCGGUCGAAAACAUUUAAUAAGAGUUUGGAAAGUUAUUGAAAUGUGUUUGCGUUUCGGAACAGCGAAAUGGCAAAAUUAUUUGUGGUUGAAUGAUUGCAAUACGGACGAUUCGGAUGAAAUCGAUUCAAAAUCUGAAGGCAGUUCAACAAGUGAUUCGGAAGAAGACAGCAUCGAAGAGGAUGGACCAUGGAUCAUGCAUCCUUUUGGCAGAUAUCUCAUAAAUAAUUUAUUGGAUUAUUUUGGAAGAAUAAAUGAUUAUCAGACAGCAGCUAUCAUUAUUUGCUUAUUAAGUGCAAGAGUGAAAAGAGAUUUUACGAUACCUCAGAUUAAACAAAAUGUGUCAAGUUGUGAUGCGCUUAUUUCAACUUAUCAUAAUCGUUCUCAUAUUCUUCAUCUUUAA